AUGGUCGGAAAGAAAUCGGGCAAGGCCCUUCGGGAUGAGGGCCUGGAACGGACCGACAACAACAUGGACCUAUCCAGCUGGCCGCAGAUCCCAGCAAUCAACCAGAAGAACUACUACACAGAUUAUUUGAAACGAGACGACCAGAACCUGGCAUACCGACUCCAAAAUGAGGAGAACAGGGCGAGAAUGGCCAAGAAGGCUAAGGACCACGACCGAGAGCAGGCGAUGAAGAAUGAGGCUGCGGAAGGGGAUGCUGAAGCAGAUGGUGAUGCCAACAUGGAAGAUGCAGAGGAGGCACCUGCCGAAGUCAUUGGCUCCAAGGUCAUCGUGGUUCACAUGGGAAGUCAGAAUCUCCGCAUCGGCCUUGCCAGCGAUGCAUUGCCCAAAACGCUACCGAUGGUGAUUGCGAGGAAAUCCAAGACAAAUGAGUCGGAGGACCAUGAGGAGUCCAAGCCCAAGCGGUUCAAGCAUGAGGACGGUUCUGAAAUGGAGCCGGAGAAGGAGUUUGGCCCUGAGUGGUCGGCGCACUUUGGUCGGAUGUCUGCGGAUUUGAAGGUACACAUGCGACUGAAUAAGCGAAGGAUGCUUCCCAACUCCAAGGAAAUGGUGGUCAACUAUAAUCGCAGAACUGUCCCCGAAAUCAUUUCCGAGCACAAUGACCCCAUGCGUGCGGAAUGGACUGAGUUGUCUAGCCCACCACCAGAGUAUAUCGUUGGUCAACCGGCAUUGAGGGUACCGGACGAGUCAAAGCCCCGAUACAAACUAUACUGGCCAAUCCGGAAUGGCUGGUGCAAUGAGAAAGACUACGCAAGCAAGAGAGCACUGUUCCUGGAUAUCUCGUUGAUCCUCGAGGAUGCUAUCAAAAACCAACUGCACUUGACCAGUAAGAAGGAAUGGACCCAAUACUCAUGCGUAUUUGUGAUUCCGGAUCUUUAUGACAAGUCAUACGUGACUUCCAUCCUAGAGAUGUUGAUGCGUGAAUUCGCAUUCGCUCGAGUUUGUUUCAUCCAAGAGAGUCUUGCGGCCACCUUCGGUGCUGGAUUUACUUCGGCUUGUGUUGUUGAUAUUGGAGCGCAGAAGACAUCUAUCUGCUGUGUGGAAGAAGGCAUGUGUGUCGAGAACUCGCGCGUCAACCUCAAGUACGGCGGGCAAGACAUGACCGAAACCUUUGUCAAAAUGAUGCUCCAUGAUCACUUCCCUUACGCGGAUAUCAACCUGCACCGCAGACACGACUUCCUUUUGGCCGAAGAGCUAAAGAAGAACAUCUGCACCAUGGUUGAAGCGAGUGUUUCGCCUCAAGUCUUCGAUUUCCACCUUCGUGUAGCAGGACAGGAUACACGAAAGUAUACCUUCAAGGCUUUCGAUGAAGUUCAUCUUGCGCCUAUGGGCGUAUUUGAACCCGCUAUCUUUGACAACGAGAACAAGAUCGACGGAAGACGCACGCUGAUUGAUCGUUCCGUUGACAUAUACGAAUCGUCCCCCAACGAUCCAACUUCUGCUGCCCAGUCAGAGAUCCUGACAGCUAUCGCCCCUCCCCUCAAAAACGACAAAACCAAUUCCGAAAGCGAGGCACAAGCCCCGAUCCGCCCUCCAGCAUUGAAAGUCGAGGCUACACCACGGUCCUCCGCCGCCGGCUCACCAGCACCUGAACCCACCAGCACACCCCAGCCAGCCGGUGCAACUACUACAGCUGCCCCCGCUGCGGCUCCCCGUCCACCCGCUGUGGAAUACCGCGACGACAUCGUGCCUGUCUUUGGUCUGGACAAUGCCAUCCUGACCUCCAUCGCCCACGCCGCUCGUUCCGACGAUAAGAAGAUGCGAGACUUUAUCGGUGGUAUCAUGGUUGUUGGUGGUGGCAGCUUGACCCAAGGCUUCCAUGCUUUCCUCGAGGAACGACUCCAGACCCUUCGUCCUGGCUUUGCAAAGGAAAUCAUGAUCGGAACACCGCCCCGAGAGCUGGAUCCGCAGGUUGUCGUCUGGAAGGGAGCCAGUAUCUUUGGCAAACUCAGCACCACAAACGACAGCUGGAUCGGUAGAGUCGAAUUCGACCGACUUGGUCCCCGACUGAUGGCAUACAAGUGUAUGUGGGCCUAUUAG